AUGAUGUUUCCCUCCACUGUUUUAACUUUUAUCUUCUAUUUUGUGUUAUUUUUCACAACGUAUUUAACUCUAAUUUCAUCAAAAUCGGUUGUUAUUGAAGUUAAAGGUGAUUGUGCAACAAUUGGUCAACAAAUUGCACAUGAACAUGGAUAUCGUUAUGUUCGACAGAUUUUUGAUGGUUUUUGUGAAAUUGAAGAAGAUCCAUUAUCGAAAAAUCAUAAACGAUAUCGACGAGCUAUUGAGCAAGGAAUUGAUCCUGUUAAAAUUCUUCUAGAACAUGAACAUGUUGAAUGGGCUGAAAGUCAAAUACCAAAAAAACGACAAAAACGUGAAUUUAUUUUUAAUGAUCCACAAUGGAAUUCAAUGUGGUAUUUGAUGAGACAUUUACAAAUGCCUACUGUACCAGAUUUAAAUGUUACUGGAGCUUGGGAAAUGGGUUAUACUGGUCGAGGACAAGUUGUUACAUUUCUUGAUGAUGGUCUUGAAUUUGAUCAUCCAGAUUUAUUAGAGAAUUAUGAUAAAGAAGCUAGUACAGAUAUCAAUGAUAAUGAUGAUGAUCCAACACCACGUUAUGAACCAACUAAUGAAAAUAAACAUGGAACUCGAUGUGCUGGUGAAGUAGCAGCAAAAGUUAAUAAUAAUAUAUGUGGAGUUGGUAUUGCUUAUCAUGCUAGAGUUGGUGGUAUUCGAAUGUUAGAUGGUGAUGUAACAGAUAGUGUUGAAGCACGAUCACUUAGUCAUAGACCUGAUCAUGUUCAAAUUUAUUCUGCUAGUUGGGGACCAGAUGAUAAUGGUCUUGUUGUUGAUGGACCUGGUCGUUUAGCAAAGAAAGCAUUUCAAGAUGGUGUUUUACAUGGACGAGGUGGUAAAGGAUCAAUAUUUGUUUGGGCUAGUGGAAAUGGUGGUCGAUAUUCAGAUUCAUGUGCAUGUGAUGGUUAUAUUACUUCAAUUUAUACUAUUGCUAUUAGUGCAACAACAGAACGUGGUAAUAAACCUUGGUAUCUUGAAGAAUGUUCAGCUACUCUAGCAUCAGCAUAUAGUAGUGGUCAAUCAAAUGCUGGUGAACGUGAUAUUUUUACGACGGAUUUAAAUCAUGAAUGUACAAAUCAUCAUACGGGUACAUCAGCUGCAGCACCAUUAGCUGCAGCUAUUUAUGCUCUUGUUCUUGAAGCAAAUCCUAGUUUAACAUGGCGUGAUAUUAUGCAUAUAACAGUUCUUGGUUCACGCCCUGAUGCUAUUCCAUCAAAUACAAAUGUUGUUCGUAAUGCUGCUCGAUUUAAUGUGAGUAGUAGAUUUGGUUUUGGUCUAAUGGAUGCUGGUUUAAUGACAUGGUAUGCAAGUGGUUGGAAAAAUGUUCCACCCAUGUCAUCAUGUGAAUCUGCCAUAAGUUAUCCUAAACGAAUAAUCACAACACGUUCAGAUCAAACAUUUUCAUUAAAUUUAAUCGAAUGUAAAAAUGAUAUUGAUCCAAGACAUGAAGUUAAUUAUAUUGAACAAGUACAAACAUUUGUUACUUUAACAACGGAUAGACGUGGUGAAAUUGAAAUUUAUCUUUAUUCACCAUCGAAUACAAGAACACAACUUUUACCAAAACGAGAACGUGAUCAAAGUAAUAAAGGUUUUCAAGAUUGGCCAUUUUUAACAGUGCAAUUAUGGGGUGAAGUACCACAUGGACAAUGGAAACUUCAAAUAGUUAAUACUGGUGGAGGAUCAGCUACAUUAAUGUCUUGGAAAUUAAUUGUUCAUGGUACACGUGAAUACCCUAUUUCACCUCGUUCUACAUAUAUUCAGUCAGCAUAUGAAUCAGAUCGAUCUAGUAAAGCGAUACGAAAAGUUAAUGAGUGCCAUAUUGAAUGUAAACUUGAUGAACCAUGUGGUAAUACUGAUACAAAUUGCACUGCAUGCCGACAUUUUAAACAACCAUUAACUGAUGGAAAAUUUCGUUGUGUUGGUAUAUGUCCAGAAGGAACAUAUCCAGAUGAAAAAGAUAAAUUAUGUUUACCUUGCCAUUCACAAUGUGGUUCAUGUCGAAAUGCAAGUGAAAUAAGUUGUAUUAGUUGUAAAUCAGAUUUAUUUCUUAUACAUGAUCUGAUGACUUGUGUUGAAUCUUGUCCUGAACAAUAUUAUACUGAUCAUCAUCUAAGAAAAUGUAUUCGUUGUAAAAUUGAUUGUGCAUCAUGUGAUACAAGUUCUCAUAUAUGUACAUCAUGUUCAGAUGGUUAUGCUCUUAAAGAUACAGAUUGUAUUAAAGCAUCAGAACCUUGUGAAACAAAUGAAUAUUUUGAUUUUAAAGUAAAUCAAUGUCGAUGGUGUGAUUCAAGAUGUUUAACAUGUAGUGGAUCACAAAUAGAUCAAUGUAAAUCAUGUGAUAAAACAGGCAAAUAUCCAUAUCUUCAAUAUCAUGCUUGUGUAUCAUCCUGUUCACCAGGAUUUUAUCUUUCAAAAAGUUUAUUUCAAUGUCUUCCAUGUCAUGAAACAUGUCUUAAUUGUAUCUCUUCAAGUGAAUUAUCAUGUACAUCUUGUAAAUUAGGUUAUGUUUUUCUUCCUGAUAAUCAUCGUUGUGAGAAACAUACCGGUAAACCAUAUUAUCUAGAUAAAAAUACAGGUGAAACUCAUACAUGCCAUGGUUCAUGUACACAAUGUAAAGGACCACAACCAAAUGAUUGUAUUGCAUGUAAUACAAUCAAUGAAGUACUUCUUGAUGAUGGACAUUGUGUUAAUAAAUGUCCAUUAGGAUCAUAUAAAAGUGAAAAAAAGACAAUUGAUUUUCAAACAAAUAUUUGUUUGUCAUGUCCAACUGGAUGUACAUCAUGUUAUAAUAUUAGUCAAUGUGAUCAAUGUGAUGAAUCAAAAGGAUAUAAAUUAGUUGGUUCAAAUUGCAUUCCAACAUGUAAACAAGGUACUUUUCCAUCGGGUGAUCAUUGUGAAUUUUGUGAUAAUCAAUGUUUAACAUGUACGAAUUUAACACAUUGUUUAACAUGUGUUGAUCAAUUAGUUUUAUUCAAUAAUCAAUGUAUAGAAGAAUGUCCAGAUGGUUAUUAUAUAUAUAAUCAACAAUGUUUAUCAUGCCAUCCGACUUGUAAUACUUGUACAGGACCAGGAGAAGAUGAUUGUAAAACAUGUACACAAGGUUUUAAAAUUGAUACUAGUGGAAACAAAUGUAUAAGUAAAUGUGCUAAUGGAAAUUAUUUUGAUAAAAAUGAUGCUAAAUGCAAAAUAUGUACAAACAAUUGUCUUGAAUGUUUAAGUCCAGGUUCAUAUUGUCGUCAAUGUAAAUAUCCAAUGGCACUUGAUACAUUAACACAUCGAUGUUUAUUGUGUUGUACAACAAAUAUAACAACAAAUAAUUGUUGUCAAUGUGCAUCAUCAUGGGAUGGUUAUUGUCUUCAUCCACUUGUAACACCAUCAAUACAUAUGAAUAAUUGGUUAACUUCAUCAAUUGAUAUAAUGCGUAAUAAAUUUAAUAAAUUAGAUAAUUAUCGUCAAACAUUUAUUAUUAUUGUAUUAGUUAUAUCUUUUAUUAGUAUUAUAAUAUGUUUAAUUAUACUUAGCCUUCGACAAAUAUUUAAUUCACGUUUAAUAUCACGACAAGAACAUGCUAAUGUUGAAUAUGUUAUGUUACAAAAUGUUGACGAUCAUGAUGAUGAAGAAACUAAGUCAAUAGAAACGAAUGGUCAUACAAAAAAAAUCCUACCGACUGACACAACUAUUUCAAUUAAUCACGCAGAAGAGACUUAA